AUGGGCCAAGCUGGGAGUUCGCUCCCCAAUCUGGGUUGUACUUGUGAAGUAGUUUUCUCCGCUUCCUGCGGUCGCGUGUUACUUGCUUCCCUUGCCCGAGACACGCAGACGGUUGCGCUUCUGAAAGAACCAGGAGAUUUCCUCGUGCGGGCUACCGAUUCAAGAAAUUUGCCUGAGAUAGUGAUUUCAGUAUUAAAUGACAGAAAAGAUUUGAUUAACUUAACAAUUAAAUGUGAUAACAAUAGAUUAUGGCAACUGGGUGUCCUUAGGAGAAGUACACGACCUGUACCAAAGUUUCCGCAAGAUCAUAGAUUACCAGGCCAUGCUCGACUAAAACAUGGAAUUCCACGACCGGUGUGGUUGAUUAAGCACGAAAACGUAGUCUUCGAUAAAGAUAAGGACCUUCUUGGACGAGGAAACUUUUGUAAUGUGUAUAAAGGAGUCUACACGCGCCACGAUGAAAAAAUCGUCGUUGCUGUAAAGAUUUGCCAUGAAGGAUCCGUCUCCAAAGGAUUCCAAGAGACAAAGGAAGCCCGUGACUCAAUGCUUAGUGAAGCGCAGAUGAUGAGCUACUAUGUCCACAACAACAUCAUAGAAAUGUUUGGCGUUGCAUGUGAUCAUCCGCCGAUUUUGAUAGUGAUGGAGUAUUGCCCAGGAGGAGAUUUACAAUCGCACCUGAAACGUCAGAAAACAAACAUAGAAGCUGGAGAACGGCUCAUUUAUAACUUAGAGGCUGCUCGUGGCAUGCGUUAUCUCCAUAAGAAGAAUUGCAUACAUCGAGACUUAGCAGCUAGAAAUUGCCUGAUAUCUGCCAAAGGACAAAUGAAAAUAGCCGACUUCGGACUUUCAAAACUAGUGAAUGAUCUGGAAAAAGCAGAUGCUGAAAGUGUAGGCAAUGAACAUAGUCCACAAAUACCUUUAAGAUGGAUGGCUCCCGAAUCGCUUCGUCGGCCUAUGAAAUUCAGCACAAAGACGGACGUGUGGUCAUUCGGAGUAAUGACAUAUGAGAUAUUCAACUGUGGUAUAAAACCUUGGCCCAAUGAUCCACCCAAAAAAAUAGCAACUAUGAUACGUAAGUGUCAAAUGCCAGAGAUGCCAGAAAAAACUCCAGAAGAAGUCAAAAGCAUUGUUUCAAAAAUUUGGGUCCUCGAUCCAACGCAACGUCCCACAAUGAAACAGCUUUGUUCCUUACUGUUUUCAGCUAGCAAAAAACAUCCGCCACCGCCUGCUGAGAAAUUUACUUUGAAUGACAUAAAAGGAGUUAGUAGGGUUCCAACAGACUCCCAGGCCACGAUGGAAGAGACAACCACAAUUGAAGAAGAGGCCGACGUGCAAUAUAGAGUUGCCUCGUCAACAGUAGAAAGGACUUUGGAGCGCGAUGCAGGUUCCCGCAAAACGCUGACAGAAGAAUCAACAAGAGCACGUCUGCGAUCCCACAAAAGAGCGAAACGCUGACUCAUCUCUAAAAAUGCAAAAAUUCCGUU